UGUGGAUGUGGCUAUUGGCAGAGCUGUGCUGACAUCUCUAGGAGCUGCUGAGCUGCUUGUCAGAGCCCCCCAGCAGCAGCAGAAAUCGGGUUUUUGGGAGGUUUUUUUGGGAAUUUUUUAUUCGGGAGAGCUGGCGGGGGCUCCCCGGGAGCCGGAUUAUCCUGGCAGAAUUCCUCUUGAACUGCUCGUGGCCAUGGAGUCUCCGCUGAAAUCAGCAAACAGCUGACGUGCUCAGAGUGCAGAACCACCAGGGUGCCCGUCGCUGCGUCGCAGGGCUCUGAAGAUGUCCAACAGCAACACGGCACAGGAGUCCCUGGAAAUUAUGAAGGAAUCGGAAAAGAAGGUGGUGGAGGAAUCUGUGAACAAAACCAAAUUCGUGUCCCGGUCACCCAGCAAGGAGGAGGUGGAGAAGGAUGGGGGCGAGGAGGUCGGCGUGCGCCAGGAGUCUCAGAAGCGAACGUCGAGUCACGGCCACGCCAGGAAAAGAGCCAAGUCUAACUCAAAGCUGAAACUGGUCAGGAGCUUGGCUGUGUGUGAGGAAUCCUCAGGCCCCUUCGUGGAUGGGCUGCUGGAGUCUCAGGACAUCAUCCAGCUGCACGUGAGCUGCCCCUCUGACAAGGAAGAGGAAAAAUCCACAAAAGAUGGGGUGGAAAAAGAGGAAAAAGAGAAAAAUAAAGAGAAAACACCAAGGAGGAUGCUCUCUCGAGAUUCCAGCCAGGAAUAUACAGACUCCACUGGAAUAGAUUUGCAUGAAUUUUUAGUAAAUACACUGAAAAAAAACCCAAGGGACAGAAUGAUGCUGCUCAAGUUGGAACAGGAGAUUCUGGAGUUCAUCAGUGACAACAACAAUCAGUUCAAGAAGUUCCCCCAGAUGACCUCGUACCACCGCAUGCUGCUGCACCGCGUGGCCGCCUACUUCGGGAUGGAUCACAACGUGGACCAGACUGGCAAGGCCGUGAUCAUCAACAAGACCAGUAACACACGGAUCCCUGAGCAGAGAUUCUCUGAGCACAUCAAGGAUGAGAAGAACGCAGAAUUCCCUCAGAGGUUCAUCCUGAAAAGGGACGACACCAGCAUGGAUCGGGACGACAACCAGAUCAGACUCCCCUUGCAGGAUGGGAGAAGGAGCAAAUCCAUCGAGGAGCGGGAGGAGGAAUAUCAGCGCGUCAGGGAGAGGAUCUUUGCACGAGAGUCUGGCCAGAAUGGAUUCCUCACAGACAGCAGGGGCGCCCGGGAGGGGCUGGGCAGGAGCCCCGGCAGCCGCCAGAGCAGCACCGAGAGCGAGAUCAAAUCCCUGGAGCCGCGGCCCUGGAGCAGCACGGACUCGGACGGCUCCAUGCGCAGCCUGAGGCCGCCCGUCACCAAGGCCAGCAGCUUCAGUGGCAUCUCCAUCCUCACCCGGGGGGACAGCGUGGGCAGCAGCAAGGGCAGCGCCGGCAGCCGCAGCUCGCGGGCAGGUUUGGUGCUGGGUGCCCCCGAGGGCUGCAGCCCCUCGCCCUCAUCCCAGGCCAGCCGUGCCCUCCUGCCCUGCUCGGCCCCGCAGCCCCCCGGGCUCCCCCCAGCCCAGCAGCAGCAGCAGCCGCCCAUCAGCAGCCCCAUCAUGUCGCAGCCGGUGCCGGCGCUGCAGCCCGUUCCGUACUCUCCAAGCUCCUGCCCCCAAGUCCUCCUGCCAGUGUCUCCACCCCAGCAGUACAGCCUGGCCGACGAGCUCAGCAGCCCCUUCGGGCAGAUCAGCCUGAGCCGCCAGGGCUCCACAGAAGCUCCGGACCCCUCGUCGGGGAUGUUCCAGCCGUCGCUGCUGUCCCAGCACCCGCAGCAGCCGGGGUUCAUCAUGGCAGCCCCCCCUGGGCAGCCCAUCCCCACCUCCAGCUACUCUGCCUCGGGGCACACGGCCCCCAGCCAGCCGGUGCUGCAGCCCCAGGGCUACAUCCAGCCCCCUCAGCAGAUUCAGGUUUCUUACUACCCCCCUGGGCAGUACCCCAACUCCAGCCAGCAAUACCGACCCCUCAGUCACCCAGUGGCCUACAGCUCCCAGCGCCCCCAGCAGCUCCCCCAGCAGUCCCAGCAGCCAGGUUUACAGCCCAUGAUGUCCAACCAGCAGCAGAGCUACCAGGGCGUGGUGGGGGUGCAGCAGCCUCAGCCCCCCGGGCUCCUCGGCAGCCAGAGGAACAAUUUGGGGGGCCAGAUGCAGAACGUGCUGGGGGUGCAGCAGGCACAGCCCCCCGGGCUGCUCAGCACCCAGAGGAGCAGCAUGGGCAGCCAGAUGCAAGGGCUGAUGGUGCAGUACACAGCCCUGCCCUCGUACCAGGUGCCCAUGGCCAGUGAGUCCCAGAACGUGGUCCAGCAGCCCUUCCAGCAGCCCGUGCUGGUGCCAGCCAGCCAGUCUGUGCAGGGCGGGCUCCAGGCUGGAGGGGUGCCCAUCUACUACAGUGUCAUCCCCAGUGCCCAGCAGAAUGGCACCAGCCCGUCCGUGGGGUUCCUGCAGCCCCCUGGCUCCGAGCAGUACCAGAUGCCGCAGUCGCCGGCGCCCUGCAGCCCUCCCCAGAUGCAGCAGCAGUAUUCAGGGGUGUCCCCAUCAGGCCCUGGCGUGGUGGUGAUGCAGCUGAAUGUCCCCAACGGCCCCCAGGCCCCCCAGAACCCGCCCGUGGUGCAGUGGAGCCACUGUAAGUACUACAGCCUGGAGCAGAGGGGGCAGAAGCCUGGAGACCUCUACAACCCCGACAGCACUGCUCAGGCCAGCACCCAGCUGAGCAGCCCCAUCACGUCCCCCACGCAGUCGCCGACGCCGUCGCCCGUCACCAACCUGGGCAGCGUGUGUCCGGGGCUGAGCCCCCUGCCCGUGCUCACCCAGUUCCCCCCCAGGCCCAUGGGCCCUGCACAAGGUGACGGGCGGUACUCGCUGCUGGGCCAACCUCUGCAGUACAACCUGUCGCUGUGUCCCCCUCCUCUGCUGCACAACCAGCCCAGCUACACAGGACACCAGGGCCAGGCUGGCAUGAAGCACGGCAACAGGAGCAAGAGGCAGGCCCUGAAAUCGGCGUCCACCGACCUGGGCACGAGUGACGUAGUGCUGGGCCGCGUGCUGGAGGUGACCGACCUGCCCGAGGGCAUCACACGGACAGAGGCCGACAAGCUCUUCACGCAGCUCGCCAUGGCCGGUGCCAAAAUCCAGUGGCUCAAAGAGACUCAGGGGCGCCGCGGGGACGGCGGAGGCGGCGGGGACAACAACAGCACCAGCAGCAGCGGCGGCGGCGGCGGCGGGACUGCGGAGAACGGCAGGCACGGUGACCUCGCUGCCUUAUACACCAUCGUGGCCGUGUUCCCCAGCCCCCUGGCAGCCCAGAACGCCUCCCUGCGCCUCAACAACUCCCUGAGCCGCUUCAAACUGCGCGUGGCCAAAAAGAACUACGACCUGCGGGUGCUGGAGAGGGCGAGCUCCCAAUAGAGCCCCGCCGCGGGCGCUGCCCUGGGCAUCCUCUGCUCCCGCCCUCCCUUCCUCUCGCCCUCCUUCCUUGAUAUAUUUAUAUGAACAUAAUUAAGAGACGAGAAGUUGAUUUUUUUUUUUUUUUUGGUUUUUCUUUCGGUUUUUUUUUUAAUUAUUAUUAUUUUUUUUUUUUUGGAGUGACGCCCAUGCCCGCCCCCUUUUCUCCCUGUGUCUAUGGUUUUUUGUUUAAGCACUGUGUUGGACCUCACAUACAGGUGUUGAUUGGUAUGUUCACUGCACAUUUUAUUUAAUCAAAUUAUUAUUUUGCUG